CCAUCCUCCUCCUCCGUCCCUCCCUCCCUCCCUCGCUGCUCCCCUGGCCGGGCUGGCGCUGGGAGCGGCCGCGAUCGCACCAUGAGCACCCUCAAGGUCUACAGCACGUCGGUGACCGGCUCCCGGGAGAUCAAAUCCCAACAGAGCGAGGUAACCCGAAUCCUGGACGGCAAGAACAUCAAGUACGAGCUGGUGGACAUCUCCCAGGACAACGCUCUCCGGGAGGAGAUGAGGGCCAAGGCAGGCAACCCCAAAGCCAUCCCGCCCCAGAUCGUCAACGGGGACCAGUACUGCGGGGAUUACGAGCUCUUCGUGGAAGCUGUGGAGCAAAACACUCUGCAGGAGUUCCUCAAGUUGGCCUGAGCCCCGCUUCCCCUCCCAGCCCGGACUCUACCUGCAUUCCUGAGCGCCCUCAUCUCC